AGGCCACUGCUGAAAUGGGCUGAAAUGUCAUCUUUUCUAUAUCUGGAGUCUGGACCAUUCAAUUCAAUCCGCUGACUAUCCCCGACUCGGUAGUUAUCCGAUCUCAGCACGGAAACUUGAUUCAUUUUCUCUCGGCCAGACUAAUGGCAGCUAAGACGCUAUUCCCACAUCCCCACCCUCUGACGCCUCUCUCUCUCCCUUUCUCCAUUUCCAAGUCCCACCAUAAACCAUGGCCCGGACGGGCUCCGAACCCCACAAGGCCCAGAAGUCUGGCGGUGUGUGCCUCCCACUCCAUCCAAGACCAUGUCUUAUCCUCCGCUGUUCUUGUGGAACAGCUUCACCACCAUAGCCCCUCCUCGCUCAUAUUACUUUCAGAGAGCAUGGGUUAUUCUUCGGCUAGCUACUAUACUUCAUUGGGUCUAUUUGUCAUCUCAGUUCCUGGCCUCUGGUCCCUUAUCAAGCGAUCUGUGAAGUCCAAGAUUGUGCAGAAGACAUUUAUAGGGGAAGGAGAAUGGAGAAAGGCACCUAAUCAGGUGGCAGGAGAAAUCCUAUCUUUCUUUACCCGUAACAAUUUUGCGGUGACCGAGAGAGGAGAGACCGUAACUUUUGAAGGCAUGAUGGUACCAAGCCGAGGCCAAGCAGCCUUGCUCACUUUCUGCACCUGCAUCAGCCUGGCAAGCGUGGCCCUUGUUCUUACAAUAACCGUACCAGAUUUUGGCAAUAAUUGGUUCUGGCUUACGAUCCUAAGUCCAUUUGCAGGAGCUUAUUACUGGAAACGAGCAUCAAGAAAGGAGCAGAUCAAGGUUAAAAUGAUGGUUGCAGAUGAUGGGACCCUUUCCGAGAUCAUCGUUCAAGGGGAUGACCAGCAAGUAGAGCAAAUGAGAAAAGAGCUUCUGCUCAGUGAAAAGGGCAUGGUGUAUGUCAAGGGAAUCUUCGAGAGAUGACCAAGAUUCUUUUUGUGAAAAAAUACAUACCUGUGUGUGUACACACACUUAUAUAUAUGCAUUCAUCCGAACUACCAUCGAAAUUUGACGUU